UCUUCUCUUCAUUUCGUGGGUCAAUCGAGUCUCUCUUCUUUCUCUCUCUAGAACUCCAUCCAUCCAUCCAUCCACCCUUUUAAAUUCACGAGAUCCCCGUCAAUUCCCCUCUUUCCCUCUCUACAUUUCUCUCCUUCUAUCUUCUUCCUUCUUCAAUUUUCAUAUUAAUACACUCUACCACAAUUUUACAUACGUAUAUAUAAAUUAAAUUAAAUAAAAAUGUCGUCAUUUUCCGGUAAGCCGACGUCGGAGCUAGGUCUAGAAGCACUCUCCAAUGGCCUCAGAAACACGUUGACUCUUUACAAAGACGAAAAAAACAAACCCGACUUCCGAGAACUCGAGGCCUCUCCCGCCACAACCACCACCACCACCACAAGCUCCAGCUCAUCGGGCUCUGUUUCUGUCCCGAGAAAGCCCCAUUCCACCCAUUCCGGGGAGCUCUCCUCUCCCUCCACGUUGAGGUCGGGCCACACUCGCUCCCGCUCCUGCGGCUCUCACCACCUCAUCUUCUCCGGCUCGGGCUCCGUCAGCUCCCCUCCCCCCGCCACCGUCGCCCCCACCGGAAACAUAUGUCCCUCGGGCCGGAUCUCGAAGACCGGCCUACCGGGCCGGGCUUCCAAGCCCGAAGUUCUCGGGUCUGGCUCCGGCCGCUACGGCCACGGCAGCAUAAUGCGGGGCGGAGACGGAGUGGCUCCGAGAGGGCUGAUGGUCGGCGGCGGCGGCGGAGCGCGGAGCAGCGGCGAUCCCGAGGAAUUGAAGAGAUUGGGGAACGAUUGCUACAAAAACGCCCAAUUUUCCGAGGCAUUGAGCCUCUACGACAGGGCAAUCGCGAUUUCGCCGGCCAAUGCGGCCUACCGUUUCAACCGGGCGGCGGCGCUCAUGGGCCUCCGCCGCCUUCUCGAGGCGGUGAGGGAAUGUGAGGCGGCGAUUAGGCUGGAUCCGGGCUAUGUCAAAGCCCAUCACCGAUUGGGAUCUUUGCUUCUCAGUUUAGGGCAGGUGGAGAGCGCUAGGGAGCACAUUUGCUUUCCGGGGCACCAACCUGAUCCGGUUGAGAUGCAUAAGUUGCAGUUGGUGGAGAAGCAUUUGAGCAAAUGCAGCGAAGCCCGGAGGCUUGGCGACUGGAGGGGGACGCUGAGCGAGGUUGACGCCACCAUUGCUGCUGGAGCUGAUGCGUCGCCCCAGCUGUUCGCGUGUAGGGCAGAAGCUCUGUUGAAGCUCCACCAAAUAGAUGAUGCUUUCUCAGCUCAGUCGAACAUCGCCAUGUCUGAGGCAUCUGUCAGUCUCAAUCCGUCACUCAAGAUUUUCGGGAUGCUUGUUGAAGCGUACCUGUUCUUCGUUAGAACUCAAGUUGAGUUGGCUAAGGGAAGGUACGAUAGUGCUCUUACAGCCAUUGAGAAAGCUGGGAAGAUAGACCCUCACAAUGCUGAAACGUCAAAGCUUCUCAACACGGUGAGGUUGGUGUGUCGAGCUCGUGCUCGUGGGAAUGAUCUUUUUAAGUCGGAAAGGUUCACAGAGGCAUGCUCAGCAUAUGGGGAAGGCCUCAGGCUUGAUCCGUCUAAUUCUGUACUCUAUUGCAAUCGGGCAGCUUGUUGGUUCAAGCUCGGCCAGUGGGAACGAUCAGUAGACGAUUGCAAUCAAGCUCUUCGUAUCCAGCCGAAUUACCUCAAAGCUUUACUGCGUAGGGCUUUGUCUAACAGCAAGCUUGAACGCUGGAGCGAAGCUGUGAGGGAUUACGAGGUCUUGAGAAGGGAACUCCCUGAUGACAACGAGGUUGCAGAAUCUCUAUUUCACGCCCAAGUUGCAUUGAAGAAAUCACUCGGAGAAGAUGUGUACAACAUGAAAUUUGGUGGAGACGUGGAAUCCGUUUCUGGCCUGGAACAGUUCAGAGCUGCAAUUUCAUCAUCUGGUGCGUCGGUGGUCCAUUUCAGAUCAGGGGCGAAUCUACAAUGCAAGCACAUAUCUCCGUUCGUAGAUGCUUUGUGCAGCCGGUAUCCGUCCAUCAAUUUUCUCCAGGUGGAUAUCGAAGAGGGCCAUGCCAUUGUACACGCGGAGAAUGUUAGAAUAGUCCCAACUUUCAAGAUAUACAAAAAGGGCAUCCGGGUGAAGGAAAUGAUCUGCCCGAGCCCAGAGGUUCUAGAAUCAUCAGUGAGGCAUUACAGUAUUUAGAUGUUCAUGAAUAUUCAACUUUUGUCUGCCUGUGUAUCGUGUUCUCUUCCCUCCUACAUCCGAAAACACCACCACUAGAGCCCGUUGCAAUAUGAAAAAGACUGGUAAGAUAAGAACCACAUGCCACCGAAUCCAGCCCACAUGCCACCGAAUCCAGCCCAAAACAACUCAUGGCAUUGCUCCAUUCUGUUUGUUUUCAUUCAUUCAUCUCGUUCCAUCUUCCGCCACCAUUCUCUUCCGUGCCGUAUAAUUUUGUUUUGGAGAUUUGUGUCUUACCAUAUAGUCCCUUAGGCUGGUGAUUAUUUGCUCAGGGAAGAAGAGAAAAUGUACAUGCAUAUAUGGAUAUAUAUAUAUAUACACACAACAUUGCAGGCGCCCAUUGAAGGAAAUGGAUGUCUGGAUUGGUAUGGUAUCUUUGGGAUUGUAGCAAGGAAGAUGAAUUGAUUUUUUAAGUUCUUUUGAAACCAUUAAAUUAAUAAAAUUUGUUAAAUUCUUCCUUUUUUUCCAGCAUUCUUGUAAUGAACUUGUUCAAGACCUCAUCUUCCUUGGGUAAGUUUCUUGCUCUUAUUAGAAAUUGAAGUACUAAGUUUAUUGGAUUA